GUAAAACAGGUAUGUCAUGUCGUGUGACGUUUUGGCAGGGUGUUUGCCUGACAGGUACAUUUGGGUAGAUGUUUUACCUGUCGUAAAUUAGCACAAAAAAACUUUAUAAUAAACAAUUUAAUUAGCAUAUAAUAGCUCAUAGUAAUUGUUUAAGUUAAGGAAAGCCUGGGUGAGCGAGUUGUAAAAUAGAGGAUUAAAUAUUCAGUUUUUCACAAGUUUCGAGGCGGAAACACCAAAGACACAAGUUGUCGCUCCUGCUUGAGAAAUGCCAGGCUUGGCAGAGAUAUGUAUUGGCAUGCUGUCGCUGCUCCCUCUGGCUUGGGCCAGAGUAGUCUACAGCCACAAUGAAGUGUUCCUGGGACAACAGUCUGCGUCCUCGUACCUGUCUCGCUCGCUGCUCUGGAACAAAUGGGACCUGGAGCUGGUGACGCCAGACAGCCUUGAGAGGGAGUGCAUAGAGGAGGUGUGCACCUACGAGGAGGCCAGGGAGGUGUUUGAGGACACACCCCAAACGAAUGUAUUUUGGGACACAUAUUCCAGCAGUCACAAUACAGCUCCCAGAGUGGAUGUGUCGGGUCUAGUGGCAGGAAUCUUGGCUAUUCUAGUGUCUGCUGUCAUAGCCACGGUGCUGGGCUGCUACUGUUACAAGAACAAAGCUGGUAGGACGGCAGGCAGUGCUCCAGUGAGGAUGGUUGUGGCUGGCCAGCCUGCCCCAGAGACAGUGCCUCUGGCUGGGAUCAUCGCUCCAGGACUGCCCUCCUACGGCGAAGCCCUGACACGCAGUGGGCAGCAUGACGCGCCCCCGCCACCUUACUCUGGGGGGGCGCCAUCAGUACCUCCUGACCCAGCUGACAAUACUGAGAUUACUGCAAAUACUGAGGACACUGAGUGAAAAGGAGGAAAGGACAUUUUAAAAAGGGCCAUUCAUGAAGAGUGUGUGUGUGUGUGUGUGUGUGUUACAAGCAUCAAUUGGAGUUCUGGACAGUUAUAAGUGAGCACAGCUGUGAACAUUUCAACUCUUGUGAGUUGUUGAAAUAGAUACGGGAAAUGUCCAUAUAAUAGGAGAGCAUUUCAUUUUUUUUUAUUCGGGGGAAGAGGGGAGUUCAUAGGGGGGCAAGGCUGAAGGAUGUUAUAGAUAGAGAAAUGAAGGGAAUGGGAUGAAGACUUGUUAAGAGGUUACCUGUGAGAAAGAGAAGCAAUCUCUUGAUUGCAAAAUGCAUCAGACGGGGAUGAUUCCUGUAUUUGAAAGUUACAGAUCUUGACAACUUGAUUGAUGACAAGCAAAACAUUUUGGGACUAUUUCAACAAUGGGCUAAUGGAAUUUCCUUUAAUAUGUAUAAACUAGCAGAUGGUAUAGAAUUUAGGUCAACAUGUUGGCUAAUGUUUGUUUUAUCUAGGUUGUUUCUAUCUGUAUUGGUACAUGACGGACCCCUCUGAAAUUAAGUCUGUAUUUAUACACAUUUCUUAUUCAAAACAUUUGAAUAAAACGUUUUGCACCUAG